AAGAAGGGACCAUGUCCAGCAGCAUUUCUAGUGGCAGGCUGCCGGGGGAACUUUAGCCUCUCCAGACAGCUGUAUUUCGGAGCAGUUGUUCAGCCCCCAGGCAUCACAGCCUUCCAGCAACUACAGCAGAUUCUUUAACACUUGGUCUGAAUCCACAGGAAUCCUUGAGCCCUACAGGUACACCUAGGUGAACAGAGCCUUCAGUGAAGAUGGUUCAUCCUACUUUGGAAGAGAUGGCUCUUAAAAGAAUCCAGAAGGAAUUAGUUGCCUUCUCUCAAGAUCCACCUGCUCAGUGUUCUGCAGGGCCAGUGGCAGAAAAUUUGUUUCAUUGGCAAGCGACCAUAAUGGGGCCCGAAGACAGCCCCUACCAGGGAGGGGUUUUUUUUCUGUCUGUCCACUUUCCGUCCAAUUACCCCUUCAGGCCGCCCAAAGUUUCAUUCAUAACCCGAAUUUACCAUCCAAACAUUAGCAAAAAUGGAAGCAUCUGCCUAGAUAUCUUGAAUUCUGAAUGGUCACCUGCACUUACAAUUUCCAAAGUUCUUCUUUCUAUCUGCUCUCUAUUAUGUGAUCCAAAUCCUGAUGACCCCCUGGUUCCUGAAAUUGCAAAGGUCUAUCGCAAGGAUUUAAAGCAGUAUGAUAGAAUGGCUCGAGAGUGGACUGAGAGAUAUGCAAUGUAAUUUCAAUGCAAUAUGGUCAUAAUAAAAACCAUUGGUCCACUUUA